UGUUGCCAAGAUCGGCCAAAGCCGCCGAGUCUCUCUACCUUCACAGCUAGCAAUGGCGCUGCCCAGAAUCACAAAACCCCAUAGUUUCAUUAAAUCAACCAGACCCAUCAGUCAAGUUCCUCUGAUUCAACUCUUCUUCUACACCCAGAAAUCACUCUUCACACAAAACCUCUCCACUUUCUCACAAUUUCUCAGACUCAUUUGCACCAAAUCCUCUGCCUCCUUUUCUUCUCCUCACGGUGCCCAUAUCACCAAUGCCCUUAUUUCCAUCUUCACCAAACAGCCCUUCAACCCAGACAACCAAGAAUUGAGAAACUUUGGUUCAAUGCUUACCCAUGAAGUUGUUGAGAAUGUGUUGAGUGGUCUCAAGAGUUGGAAAAUAGCCUAUAGAUUCUUCAAUUGGGCUUCAGACCAAGGUGGGUUUAAUCACAAUUGUUAUACUUAUAAUGCCAUGGCUUCUUGCCUAUCACAUGCUCGACAAAAUGCCCCAUUGAGUCUUUUGUCAAUGGAUAUAGUGAAUUCUCGUUGUGCAAUGAGUCCCGGUGCUUUGGGGUUUUUUAUUAGGUGUUUGGGUAGUACGGGUUUGGUGGAAGAAGCCAAUUUGCUGUUUGAUCAAGUGAAAAUGAUGCGUCUUUGUGUUCCCAAUAGUUAUAGCUUCAAUUGUCUGUUAGAGGCUAUUUCUAAGUCCGGUUCGAUUGAUUUGGUUGAGAUGAGAUUGAAAGAGAUGUGUGAUUCUGGGUGGGAGCCUGAUAAAUACACCUUGACAUCGGUCUUGCAGGCAUACUGCAAUUCCAGGAAGUUUGAUAAGGCUUUGAGUGUUUUCAAUGAAAUUUAUGGACGGGGUUGGGUUGAUGGGCAUGUGUUGUCUAUCUUGGUGCUCACUUUUAGCAAGUGCGGUGAGGUUGAUAAGGCCUUUGAGUUGAUUGAAAGGAUGGAAGAUCUUGGUAUUAGAUUAAAUGAGAAGACGUUUUGUGUUUUGAUUCAUGGGUUUGUGAGACAGUCCAGAGUAGACAAGGCCCUCCAAUUGUUUAAGAAAAUGCAGAAAUCAGGUUUUGCUCCUGAUGUAUCAGUUUAUGAUGCAUUAAUUGGAGGGCUUUGUGCAAAGAAAGAGAUUGAGAAAGCUUUACAUCUAUUAUCAGAAAUGAAGGAGUUGGGGAUUGAUCCUGACAUUCAAAUACUUUCCAAGCUUAUACCAUAUUGUUCUGAAGAAGUUGAUAUAUACCGGUUGAUAGAGGAAAGGCUGGAAGAUCUGGACACGGAAGCUAUGCUAUUGCUUUAUAAUUCUGUUUUGAAUGGUCUUGUUAAUGGCAAGUCAGUGGAUAAAGCUUACUAUCUACUUCGGGCCAUGAUGGGGGACAAUUAUACUGACAAUUUUGAGGUCAACAAGUUCUUCAUGGUCAAGGAAAUGGUUCGCCCAGAUACUACUUCUUUUAGUAUUGUUAUUGAUGGUUUAUGCAACACUGGCAAACUGGAUUUGGCCUUAAGCCUCUUUCGAGAUAUGGUUCGAGUCGGCUGUAAACAAAAUGUAUUACUAUAUAAUAAUCUAAUUGAUAAGCUGAGCAAUUCAAAUAGACUUGAAGAGUGUUAUUUGCUUCUGAAAGAGAUGAAGGGGUCAGGAUUCAGACCAACACAAUUCACCCACAACUCCAUAUUUGGGUGCCUAUGUAGAAGAGAGGAUGUCACCGGAGCCCUUGAUAUGGUGAGGGAGAUGCGCGUGCAUGGGCAUGAGCCAUGGAUAAAACAUUAUACUUUGCUUGUAAAACAGCUGUGCAAACGAAAGAGAUCUGCAGAAGCUUGUAAUUUUCUCGCUGAAAUGGUCCGAGAAGGUUUUCUACCAGAUAUAGUUGCCUAUUCUGCAGCUAUUGAUGGUUUUGUCAAGAUCAAAGCAGUAGACCAGGCUUUAGAGAUAUUUCGAGACAUUUGUGCUCGCGGGUAUUGUCCUGAUGUGGUUGCUUAUAACACCUUAAUAAAUGGAUUUUGCAAGGUCAAAAGAGUUUCUGAAGCUCAUGAUAUUCUGGAUGAGAUGGUGGCAAAGGGGCUUGUUCCCUCGGUUGUUACGUAUAACUUAUUGAUAGAUGGAUGGUGCAAAAAUGGUGACAUUGACCAAGCUUUUCAUUGCCUUUCUAGGAUGGUUGGUAAAGAAAGGGAGCCUAAUGUCAUUACCUACACAACCUUAAUAGAUGGCUUGUGCAAUGCUGGAAGACCUGAUGAUGCCAUCCAUCUUUGGAAUGAAAUGAGAGGAAAAGGAUGUUCUCCAAACAGAAUUUCUUUUAUUGCUCUUAUUCAUGGCCUUUGCAAGUGUGGUUGGCCAGAUGCAGCUCUGCUUUAUUUCCGCGAGAUGGGAGAGAGGGAAACGCCUGACACCAUUGUUUAUGUGGCAUUAAUUACUUCUUUUAUAUCAAACAAAAAUCCAACCUUAGCAUUUGAGAUAUUGAAAGAGAUGGUUGCUAAAGGAAAAUUUCCAGACCUGCUAGAUAAGAAUGAUUUACCUCUAAGAGAUGCAAUACUUGAACUGGCUGAAGAUGCUAGUACUUCUUCAAAUGUGAAGAAUCUUAUUGCUGAGGGCCGUAUUCCAACAAUUGUUUGUCUUUCAGAUGUUGGAAGUGAAGGUGGAUGAGAGCCCAUUGUCUAAUCAAAAGGAGCUAUAUGACUUAACUGCAACAAGAUUGUGCUUCAAGCUUAAGGAAAUUGUCCAUUCAUAGAAUGAAGUUCCUGGGUUGAAGAAGCAUUGCUUAUUUGGUUGAGUUGGUAAAUUAUUUGGGUCUAUGAAGGCUAUGGUUGUUGAUCUUUCUUCAUCGCUUGACUAUUCUACACUUGAUGUUAUGAUCUCUAGCAUCACUAAAAGAGGUUAAAUGAGGGUCAUAAAAAACACAAGGAACUUUUACAUUGAUGGUUAUGUUGAUAACCCACUUCCAAGAAUUCCCAAAUCAUCUCAUUCUAUUGAUGUUCUACAUUGUAAGCAAUCUGAAGCAUCUCACACUAGCUUCAAUGUGCACUCUAAUUGCCACAAUUUCAUUAAGGUGUAUUUCUCUUCUC